UCCUUUGCUACAAACACCAAAUUUAAAUAUUAAACAAAAUCUCCAAGACCUCUCUAAGAAUUUCUCCAAUGGCAUCGCUUCAAUUUUCUUCCCAGUUUCUGGGCUCAAACACUAAAAAACACAGCUCCAUCAUUUCAAUCUCUCGUAGUUACUCUCCAACCCCAUUCACUAGAUUCUCCCGCAAGAAGUAUGAGUCGUGUUCCAUGUCUAUGAAUGGUUGUGAGGGAGAUUUCAAGACCCCACUAGGUACAGUGGAGACAAGGACUAUGACUGCUGUCUUAUCUCCGGCAGCCGCCACUGAAAGGCUAAUCUCCGCCGUUUCUGAACUCAAAUCUCAACCUCCGCCGUUUUCCUCCGGCGUCGUCCGGUUACAGGUUCCAAUUGACCAGCAAAUCGGAGCAAUCGAUUGGCUUCAAGCCCAGAAUGAGAUUCAGCCUCGCUGUUUCUUCUCUCGCCGCAGUGACGUUGGUCGUCCCGAUCUCCUCCUCGAUCUAGCUAACGAGAAUGAGAACGGAAACGGAUCAGUGUCUUCUGAUCGUAAUCUGGUUAGCGUUGCUGGUAUCGGGUCUGCAGUUUUCUUCCGUGACCUUGAUCCCUUCUCUCAUGAUGAUUGGAGAUCCAUCCGGAGGUUUUUGUCUUCAACUUCACCUCUGAUUCGUGCUUACGGUGGUAUGCGUUUUGAUCCUAAUGGCAAGAUCGCUGUGGAAUGGGAACCUUUUGGUGCAUUUUACUUUUCAGUGCCUCAGGUUGAGUUUAAUGAGUUUGGUGGAAGUUCAAUGUUGGCUGCAACUGUUGCUUGGGAUGAUGAACUCUCUUGGACGUUGGAAAAUGCUAUUGAAGCUCUUCAGGAGACUAUGCUUCAGGUUUCUUCUGUUGUAAAGAAGUUAAGAAACAGAUCUUUAGGAGUAUCUGUUUUAAGCAAGAAUCAUGUUCCUACCAAAGGGGCUUAUUUCCCUGCUGUAGAAAAGGCUUUGGAGAUGAUUAAGCUAAAAAGUUCAUCCCUUAACAAGGUUGUGCUUGCUCGCAACAGCAGGAUUAUUACAGAUACCGAUAUUGAUCCCAUUGCUUGGCUAGCACAGUUACAGCGUGAAGGACAUGAUGCAUAUCAGUUCUGUCUUCAACCACCUGGUGCACCAGCGUUUAUUGGAAACACGCCUGAGAGACUUUUCCAAAGGAAUCAAUUAGGUGUCUGUAGUGAAGCUUUGGCUGCAACUAGGCCUAGAUCUGCUUCAAGGGCGCGUGAUAUGGAGAUAGAGCGUGACUUACUAACCAGUCCGAAAGACGACCUUGAGUUCUCUAUUGUACGAGAGAAUAUAAGAGAAAAGUUAAACGGUAUAUGUGACAGAGUCGUUGUUAAGCCCCAGAAAACUGUGAGGAAGCUUGCAAGAGUGCAACACCUAUAUUCUCAAUUGGCAGGGAAACUUACGAAGGAAGAUGACGAGUUUAACAUCUUGGCUGCUCUGCAUCCAACUCCAGCUGUUUGUGGGCUUCCAGCAGAAGAAGCAAGGCUUUUGAUUAAGGAAAUAGAAUCAUUCGAUAGAGGAAUGUAUGCCGGACCUAUUGGGUUUUUUGGUGGCGAGGAGAGUGAAUUUGCAGUCGGAAUCAGAUCAGCUCUAGUUGAAAAGGGUCUUGGGGCAUUGAUCUAUGCCGGGACAGGGAUAGUAGCGGGAAGUGACCCAUCUUCAGAGUGGAAUGAGCUUGAUCUUAAGAUAUCUCAGUUCACUAAGUCAAUUGAAUAUGAGGCAACAACAUCUCUGCAGGCGAUUAAUUGAAGAAAGAGUAACAUUUGUAUUUAAUUGUUUUGUUUGUAUGGGGGAUAAAGGGGUUCACAAUAGAAAGCAAUGUUGUCU